CCUGGCCCUGUGUGGUCCCCCAACGUGAACAUGAGCCUAUGGGCUGUCUGGGACCCUGGCUUACAACACACCCUGGGUUUAAAAAGCUGGGGCUGGAGGUUUGUGGAGACACUCCUUUUCAGCGCCGAGGUGUGCUGAGGUCGCUCCCUCUCUCUGUGCCUCAGGAUGUGUUUGGUUUAUAGCCGGGCCCCUGGCGUGCUGCUCCUGUUGGCCCUCCUCCUCCUGAGCACCCGCUGCAGCCCGGAGGCCGUAGCGGAAUGGGAAAAAGAGCCUUCGUAUUGGAAUGAACAGGCCAGGAGGACGUUGGAGGCUGCCCUUGCAUUGCCAUGGAGGAAGCAUCGUGCCAAAAACAUCAUCCUCUUUCUCGGUGACGGGAUGGGUGUGGCCACAGUGUCAGCCGCUCGCAUAUUGAGGGGUCAAAUGAGGGGAAAAUCGGGGGAGGAGACUGUUUUGGCCAUGGACACGUUUCCAUACCUCGCCCUGUCCAAGACGUAUAGUGUUGACAAACAAGUGGCAGACAGUGCCAGCACAGCUACUGCAUAUCACUGUGGUGUGAAGGCCAAUGCCAAAACAUUGGGUUUGAGUGCUAAAGCAUUGGCCUAUGAGUGCAACACUACAUUUGGCAAUGAGGUUUUCUCUGUACUACAUCGCGCCAAAGCACAAGGAAAGUCUGUUGGCAUUGUGACCACCACCCGAGUGCAGCACGCAUCACCCGCUGCAGCUUAUGCCCACUCAGUGAGUCGCAGCUGGUACAGUGAUGCAGACUUGCCCUCCAGUGCCAGACGACAGGGCUGCACAGAUAUUGCCAUGCAGCUUGUGACCAACACUGACAUUGAUGUCAUUCUUGGAGGUGGGCGUAUGUACAUGACACCCAAGGGUACCCCUGAUCCAGAAUACCCAUCUUCAUCAUCCCGUAAAGGAGAUCGCAAAGACAAAAAGAAUCUUAUUGAUGUCUGGCUAAAUGCUCGUAAGGAGAGGAAUGCACAAUAUGUUUGGAACAAAGAGCAGCUUAAUGCAGUGAAUGUUAAAACAACACACUGUCUGAUGGGUCUUUUUGAACCAAAGGACAUGAGAUUUGAAGUGUUCAGGAAUCGCACUCGUGACCCUUCCAUUGUGGACAUGACAGAGAAAGCAAUUCAAAUCCUCAGCAAGAAUCCAAAAGGUUUUUUCCUUUUUGUGGAAGGAGGUAGAAUUGACCAUGGACACCAUGACGGGGUUGCCAAGCUUGCCCUAACCGAAACAGUGAUGUUUGACCGGGCAAUCCAGCGAGCGUCUGAGCUGACCAAUGAAUCAGACACGCUUACCGUUGUCACUGCGGAUCAUUCCCAUGUCUUCACUUUUGGUGGAAAUACCCCCCGAGGAAACCCAAUUUUUGGUCUAGCAUCCAAGAAGGGUGAUGAUAAUCUUCCAUUUACUAGUAUCUUGUAUGCUAAUGGACCAGGAUAUUCUCACGUGAAUGGCACGAGAGGAAAUGUUUCAGAGGUGGAUUAUCUUGAUGAAGAAUACAUGCAACAAGCUGCUGUUCCUUUAGAAUCAGAAACACAUGGAGGGGAAGAUGUGGCUAUCUACGCCAAAGGACCAAUGGCUCAUCUAUUUCAUGGAGUAAAGGAACAGAACUACGUUGCACACGCCAUGGCUUACGCGGCUUGUCUGGAGCCAUACACUAAAUGCCCACCACAGCCACACAGUUCACUUUCUGAGGGCUGUAACAAUUCUCUUUCACUGCUUCUGUUUUCAAUAACAAGCAUAUUUUGGUUUGUCGUCAGAUGACAGGCUGAGUGAUUUUUGUCCCAUCCAGGCAUUUGAGAAAAGUCAUUUUAUAACUUAGUUUGGUUAGUUAAGUGUUCCAGAGACAUUUCCGUUUGUGUAAUAGAUCAAAUGUGUACUUUUAAAUUCACUGGAUAGAACAUGCAUGAAUGUAAAUUGUUUUUAAUGGUGUUGGUGGUCUGCUGUGCUGUUUGUAUAAAUGUAAAUAGUAUUUCCCAAGAAUGUCUAACAAGAUAUUUUUGUAAAUAUUGUGUUAAAGAAGGUACUAGUGCACUGUGCGAUUAUCCAAUUUAACAUCUGAAAUCAAUAAAUUUAAUUAAAAGAA